AUGGCUCCUCGCCGUUUCGAGAUGGACAGUGCUUCCGGUGGCAAGUUCUGGGAGAUUGAGGCGGAGGGGAAGAGAACGACGGUGCGAUACGGCGCCCUCUCAGCGUCUCGCGCCCGCGUGCACAAGAAAGAGCAUGCGUCCAAGGCCGAGGCGCUUGAGUUUGCUGCGGACCAGAUUCGGAGCAAGGAGCGAAAGGGGUACGCUGAAGUCAAGCCUGCGCCAAAUGUCAGUCCGCAGAAGAGCUCACCAGAGAAGAAGCGGCGCUCCUCGCCCGCCGUCGAGCCUGCCACGGCCAAGAGGAAGAAGACUCCGGCUCCAUCGGGCGCGGUCAUCUCUGACUGCACCUUUCUGCUCACGGGAACUCUCUCGGUCAAGCGGAGCGAGGUGGAGGCAGAGAUCUGUCGCCACGGCGGUCACAUUGGCACCAUCUCAAAAGCUACGCACCUGCUUUGUGGCGAGGAUGGCUAUGGGACGAAGAAGCACCAGGAGGCAGAGAAGAGGGGUCUGCCAGUCGUGACAGAAGAAUGGGAGGCGCCAGAGCAGCCCGCAACCUGCAGCUGCGGAAACCUCCUCACCGCUGACGCCAACUAUUGCAGCCGGUGCGGCAAAAAGGUGGCAGCUACCGAGGGCCCUCCUGCGGCGGACGACCUGUUCAAGCCAGUUCGAGUGGCCCUUGGCGGCGCCGACAACAAGGAGUUGAUGGGGUCGGCGACCUACACGCUCGAGGAGGUGGGGCUGAAAGACGGCUCCAAGCUCGAGGUGUUUGCGCGGGCCUGCUGGAAAAAGUACCUCGAGAACGCGUUUUCGAAGCACCGCAACCGCGGAAAAGGCGCGGCCCGAGCACCGCCGUGGCGAGUCCCGUCACACCUCGGCUACGUCCAGCGCUGCACCGACUCGUUUGAGCUGGCCGCAGGCACCUUCCCCCACAGCAACACCCCCCGACCCCACCCGAAGAAGGUUCUGCAGCCAUUCGAGGAACAACUGGAUGGGUGUGAGAAGGAGGCGGUCGAUGCGUUGCGGAAGGCGUUUGCAAAGACUAGGCCUGACGCGGCGCUGAGCGCCUCGGUGGGCGACGACGAGCAGAUCGGCGGCUUCGUCGCGGUUGGGCGGCUUGGCAGCGGGUUUGCGUUUGGGGUCGUCUUUGUGUCCGAUUAA